AUGGCGAGGACGCACAAGACAGCCCUUAUCAAGCAGCAAAUGGCUGAUGAAGCAGCAGCUAGAGAGGCGGCGGAGGCGGCCGCAGCUGUAGACAGAGCUGGUGGUAAAGCCGCCUCUGUCAAGGCUGCCCACCGUGAAGCCGUACAUUCCGCUAGAACAAGGUCGGAGAAAGCAGAUGCUAUUCAACGAGCGAGGAACGACUGUGCUGAAACGGAAGCGGAGGAAGACACCGAGCUGGAGGAGAAGCCAGCAGCUACCAGCGUGAGACACAGAUCUUGGGCGGAGUUUACGCAGGCCUUCGAUGUAUACAAGGCUGCUACAAAUCAAGUGCUGGUCGUGAAAGAGGUGAUAAACGUUGCCAGACGCAACAAUUCUCUCCGUAACCAAGUGCAGUACCAAGGCCUACCCGACGACGAGAUUCCUUUGGUCCCAACGACUUUGGACCCAUCCCAGCGCAAGUACAUAUGUACUCACGGAUGGCCUGCCCGUGAGCGAUCCUCGGGAAAGCGGACAUCUCAUCAUGUGCGGCGGCCAGAUUGCCCCUUUCAGCUCAUAGCUCAGUGGGCACAGUCGGCGGAUGAAUCGUGGGUGAUCGUCCCCAAACGUGCAGUGUACACGCACAACCACCAGGUUUCAACAGGUAUUUACCAGCAAUACCCAGGUAUUCGCCAGGUACCAAGUCAGUCUCCAUUGGUGCCGGGCGUACGUCUGCUUAUGCAGACGCAAGCAGGACCCUCGAGUAUUUACGAGUACAUUCGUGAGAACUCAGAUCACCACGUUACGAUGCAAGAUGUUCGUAAUCUUGUCGCUCGUCUGAGGAAUUCCGGUGAGUUGCUUACUGUACAGACAAGCCGCGACCAGCUUAUUCUUACGUGUAUCUAUUGCUGCCUCAGGUGCUGA